AUGGAGCAGGCGGGUCUUUGGCCUGUCAUCUUCCUGGGCCUCUCGGGAGCGUUGGCACAGACAAGUUUGGAUGAGAAAGUAUUUGUGUUCCCAAAGCCUUCAACAAAUUCCUACGUCAAGUUGAUGCCCCGCCUGCUGGAGCCGCUACAGCAAUUCACAAUGUGCCUCAGGUUCUACACCGAUUUGACCCGCGAAUUCUCCCUCAUAUCCUGUGCUUCUAGGAACAAAGACAACGAAAUCCUCCUCAUAAAGUACAGCCCCACGGUGUACCACGCCUUUGUGGGUGGGACGUCUCUGGCGUAUACAGUGCCUGGGAGCACAUAUCGAGGCAGCCAAUGGGAGAAUGUCUGUAUGGCAUGGAAUUCGACAACGGGGAUUAUUCAGCUUUGGGUCAACGGGCUGGCAUUGCCCAGGAAAGGCCUGUCAAAAGGCUAUGCUGUCGAAACGGAUUUAUUCAUAAUGCUGGGCCAGGAACAAGAUUCUUACGGAGGUUCACUUGACGAAAAGCAGUCCUUCGUGGGGGAAAUGGCAGGCGUCUAUAUGUGGGAUACUGUCUUGCCCUCAGAACAACUGAGGAGGAUGGGGUGGGAGAAGGUGCCAACCCCUCUGGUGGACUGGACAGCUCUGAACUUUGAGAUCAAAGGCUACGUUGUCUUGGGGCCCACCUUAGAUUGA